GUAUACACAAUAAGAAUCAUUUUAAUAUAAAAUGGCUGAUUUUUUUUAAAAAAACAACGGAAUAUUUAUAGGCCGAGCUAAUAAAAUCCAAGGGUUACCCUUACGAAAAUUACGAGGUCACCACGGAAGACGGUUUUAUGCUGCAAUUGCAUAGAAUCCCGUAUGGCAAAAAAGGGAACAAGCCAACAGAGACAAGGGCCUCUGUUUACUUGCAGCACGGUUUAUUAAGCACAUCCUGCGCCUUUUUGAUGAACCUGGAAAACCAGAGUUUAGCGUACAUUAUGGCCGAUAGUAACUUGGAUGUUUGGUUGGCAGAUACGAGAGGAAACAAAUAUUCUAGGAAACAUAAAAUAUAUACCACCGAUGACAAACAGUUUUGGGAUUGGAGCAUCGACGAGAUUGCCCAAUACGAUCUUCCAGCUGUUAUCAAUUUCAUAAUCAGCAUGGCCAAAAGAGACUACAUAUAUUACGUAGGACAUUCCCAGGGGAGCAUGACAGCCUUCGCGCAUUUCUCUCAAAACCCCGGGAUUUCUAGCAAAGUGAAAACGCUUUUCGCGUUGUCUCCGCUGGCUUACGUGAAAAACAUCAAAUCGCCUCUCAGAUUAUUCGCUCAUUUAACAUCGACGUAUGAUCUUAUAAGCAGUAUGUUAGGGUACAAAGAAUUUUACCCAAGUAAUUCCAUAAUUGAAUGGAUGGCCAGAUCCGUUUGUCCAUAUGGGACCGCUCUCAAUAUAUGCUCCAAUAUGCUAUAUUUGGUUGGGGGGCCACCGACAGGGAAUUUAAACCAAAGCAGAAUACCAGUGAUUUAUGGACAUUAUCCGGCUGGAACUUCUGUGAGAAAUAUAGCUCAUCUUGCCCAGGGUAUCUUAGAAGGCGAUUUUCGAAAAUACGAUCUAGGAUACUUUAAGAACCUGCAAGUUUAUGGCGCGUUUAAACCUCCAUCAUAUGACGUAACGCAAAUGACAGUUCCGACAAUGAUAUUCUGGGGACUUAAGGAUUGGGUGGCGGAUCCGAAAGACGUGAAUAAGUUGAUUCCUUUGAUCCCUAAACUGGUUGGCAAUUACAAAUUCGAAAAUUCGAAUCAUUACGAUUUCGUAUUUGGGAUGAAUGCAGCGAAGGAUUAUUAUUCAAUCAUAAUCAAAACCAUAUUGCAGGCGGAAUCCCCUGCUUCACUAGCAAAUAAUUAUUGA